AAAUUUUAAAAUAAACAACAAAAAAAAAACAAACAGAACUUCUGCUUUCAACAAAACUAUCAGGAAGGAGUGGUAAACUUUUUUAACUGUGGUGGACGUGGAGGACGAAAAACUUGCAACUGGUAGCAGCAGCAAAUAGACCAAAAAAAAAGGAUAAAAAGGAGUCUGAACAAAACCAGAGCAAGGCACUAUAUAGAGGAUAUACACACAUAUAUAUAUAGUAUUUCUAUAAAGGAUAUACAGGAUAUAUCUAUAGAGAGCGAGAGAGGAGGCGGUUCGGCGGUGGGCGGGCAACAUGCCGUCGUCAGCAAUAAAUAAAACAGCACGCAGAGUUGCCAAUGCGAUCCAAUUGCUGGCAAUCGUUCUCUAUUGCUCUUCUCUAGUGCAUGGCCAACAACAACAACAACAAGCAGCACAACAACAACAACACUUGAAGUAUCAGCAAUUGCAAUAUCAAAUGCAACAGCAAUAUGAAUACCAACAACAGCAGCACUAUCAACAGCAAUUCCAACAACAACAGCACCAACAAAAACACAAGGAACAACAACAACAACACAAGGAACAACAACAACAACAACUAACAACAGUGCCACAGCAGCAGCAGCAACAUGAGGAGUCCUUCGACUUGCUGUCCACUCAGCCCUCUCAGCUCCUGCAGACUGGCGUUUCUCUGAUUGUGGACGAUGGCAAGGGCUCCUCCGGCGAUGGGAGUGGAAGCGGAAGUGGAAGCGGGAGCGGGAGUGGCACCAACACUAGACGUCGCAAUCCACAGCUGGGCGCCACUCGGAAACGGAAGCGUCGCCCCCAACUGCCCCUGGCCACCAUGGGAGCCACCGAAGAGGAGAACGGAGACCCUGCCUACUGGCGCGGUCAUGUGGAGGACGAUGCCGAGGCCUUGAGGCGGCGAAAGCCACAGCCCGGCACCCUGACCAUCAGGGAGAACCCGGAGAAGCAGGACGCCAACUCGCAGGGCAGUAGUCCCAGCAAGGCCUAUCGCCGGCCCUACGGGCAGGCCAAGAAGGACUCCCUGGCCGGCCAGGAGGGAGCAGCAGCCCCCACCUCCAAGACGGCGGUGGACUUGAAGAACAUCCUCAAGAAUUCGGGAGGCCUGAGCCUGAGCGAGAUCCUCCAGCAGAAGAAUCUGUCGCUGGACGACCUGCUGAAGGGGAAGCAGAAUGCCCUGCUGGCCCUGCAGACCACAGCGGUGGCGCCGGCCCAGGCCACCACCUACGGGGCCGAGGAGCCCCUCCACAAGACUGUGGGGCAGCAGAACAAGCAGAUUGUCCGGCGAUUGCCGGCCGGAUAUGCCACCACUAGCACCAAUGGCCACGAGGAGGAGCGGGACAAGAACAAGGCCAAGUAUCCGCCGGCUCUGCAGCGCCUGAAGCUUUUCGGCAGCUCCUCCAGGGAGGCCAGCAGCUCCAGCCGCCGUCCAGCCAGCACCACCACGGCGCCACCAUCGCCCAGCACCACCAGCAGCAGCACCACCACCCGGAUACCCCUGUACAAGAAGCGGCAGCAUCUGCGCUCCACUCUGAAGCCACCGGGACUGUUCAAGACAGUGGGUAGCUCGACUACCACGAGCACCACUCCGCCACCGCCCAUGACCACCCAGCAGCAGGAGGUCGAGACCAGCACCACUAGCACCACCAGCACUCCGGCGGUCUAUGGUCAGGAACAGAGCGAGGAGGUGCCGGACAAGUCCGAGGAGGAGCCCAGCGACUUGGAGAGCCACGAGAACCACGAGGAGGUCGAGGAGCAGCCAACGGACUCCAGCGAAGCAGAGUCCGGAGAAGGCCACCACCAAACCGAAGCCCCGCCAGAGGAGCUACCAUCCUCCCCCGAGCCGUAUCCGGGCGGGAAUCCUCGGUACCGCCUGAGAAACUCCAGCAUUAAGGAAACCACCAAGAGGCUCAAGGACAACUUCAUAGUCGAGAGUGGCGAGGAUGUGGUGGAUGGCAGUGCCAGUAGCACCUCAGAGGCACCUCCACCGUCCACGUCAGCAGCGCCACCACCACCGUCCCGGAGCAGCGAGGAGCUUAUCUACAACGACGACGACCUGGAGAACUUCUUCGACGAAGUGGAGAGCAACACGCAUCAUACGCGAGUCAGGAAGCCCGAGGAGUCCCCGGAAGCUUUGCCCUCGCCCUCCUUUGAGCCACCCGCCGCCACCAUCACCACCACCAUCACCAGCGACCAGAAAAAGAAGCUCCCCCCUGCCCAGACGAAUCUAGUAGACGAUGUGGACGACCGGACGGAUCUGCUGGAGCUGAUCGAGGACCGGAGAUCGGGCAACAGGCUGUUCAAGGUCCUGGAGCAGCGCAACAUGACCUUGGAGGAGCUGAUCGAGCACCGGAAGCGCGGCUCCAGCCAGCUCCACCUCUCCACGAUCGUGAGCGGCGAUGAGCACUCGCGGCUCUAUCCCGGCCAGAAGGUGAUCCUGCAGGACAACAUGGACAUCGUGACGGCGUUCGAGAACUUUCCGCACUUCAACCUGAUGGACCUGAAGAGCGUCAAGCCGGACGAGAUCAAGACGGACUCGCAGGGCUCCAGCUACUUCACCUCCAUCAUCGACAUCGAGCCCAACGACGAGGUGAAGCCGGGCUUCGGCGGAGGAGCCGGCGUCUCCGGCCGCGGAGCACCGCCACCAGGCAGUCGAGGACCCACAUAUGCGCAGACAGCCGUCUCCUCGUCCUCCUCGCCCGGCGGAACCAUAACCAUCAACCAGAGGGGCGAGAAGUCGCUGGGAUUCUUCCCGUCCUGGAAGACCCUGGCCCUGGCAUCCCUGGCCACGGCGACGGCCACGGAGGACAGGAAUCCCUACUUCCUGCCGCCGCCACGCCUUCUGUUGGAUGGCGGCAGCAGCUCCCAGGAGCAGUCCUCGAAUCCGGAAUCGGAUCUGGCAGGAGGAGAACCGACCAGCAUCGACAUCGACUUGGGCGUGAGUCCCUACGGAUCCUCGGGGAACUCGACGAUGGACAACGCCCGGCUGCCGUUCAACAACGAUGUGAUUGAGGAGAUCGAGAACGAGGUGGCCCGGGCACACGACCUCCUGGACCUGGAGCUGUCCGGCCCGGGCUUCCAUCGCAGCCCGGCAGCGGCGGCCGCCACCUCCGCCGUCUCCCAGCAGCACCUGGGCAGCCUGUACUCCAGCAUGCCGUCGGGCAUCCGAUCGGCCCUGGUGGCCAGCACGGCGAUCGUGGUGACGGCCCUGGCCACCUUCCUGGUGGUCUUCGUGGUCUGCCGGUGGAAGCAGCAGCGGCGCCGGAAGAGUAGCUACCUGCGCACCUACAACGCCAUGAAGAGCAAGUUGCCCCAAAUGCAGCCCCGGCAUCCCUCGGCCACCGCAUCCGGCGCCGCCUCCAGUUCCGCAUCGAUGCGCCACCACAUGGAGGAGCUGGGCAUGGGCAUGGGAAUGGGAGUGGGUGUGGGCACUGGGACCGGCAAGAAGCGCUCGGAGAACGGAGGCCCUGGCAUCACUAGCAUCUCCACAUCGGUGGCAUGCUGCACGCCCGUCCACCAGCUGCAGCGCCAGAGCUCGCUGCUCUUCUCCCGGGACGGCUCCGCCACCCUGAGCACGGCCACCUCACUGACCACCAGUGGCGGCGGAUCCGUUACGACGCCCACAACGCCUGCCACCAACGCCCCCGGCCACGAGUCGGCCAUGAGUGGGCGGGGCCUGGCCAUAUCCCUGCGCAGUGCCCAUCAGAAGCUCAACACCAUGGACCCCAACUCCCCAGAGGUCCAGGAGUAUCUAUUCGACACGCUGCGCAAGUCCUUCGACAAUUAGGAGCAGAGACUAGUGCUAGACCCUAGACCUUAGUGGUGAUCCUGGUAACGGAACACAUAGACCGUUGUUUAGGCCAAGUUUUAUAUACAACUAUGUACACUCCCACACAGACACACCUCCACACACACACACACACACACACACACACACUCGAGGAUCAAGAGUUAGUCGUUUAAUUAGUUUAAGGCGCGAUAUUUUUUUUUGUGGAGAAGGAACAUUCUGUGAGAGAAAGUAUAACUAACAAAAAACAAAACUAAGGAAUAUUAUUAAAAGAUAAAAGGAAAAUAAAAACAAAAUUGAAAAUAAAAGGCAGUAAAUACAAGACAGCAAAGGGCAU